AUGAUGGAGAAAUGGCCAGGCGGCGCGGACGAUAUUCUCACGCGCGUGCCGGUGUUUGCUCGGGUUCCUGGAGCUUCCCAUGCCGCGGCAGGCUUCGCGGCCAAGGCUCCCAUCUCGUUGUUCGAUAUUCCUCACACGAUGUGCGAGCUUGCUGGCAUCGACGUUACGGGAGACGGAAGUGGGAAGUACGGCAUCAAUUUCGGGAUGUCCCUCAAAGGUCAGCUUCUAAACGGCGAGGAAGGUGACAUGUCACGAUUCGUCUAUUCCGAAGGUGGCUUUGGUUUUCGCAAUGAGGUCUUCCCCAUGGGCUCGGACCACGUGCCAAAUGACCCCACAGGCCAAUACUACCCGCGCGCAAUGGAGGAAAUGUCUGACAAUGGAAAUGGGUCGCCGAAGUGGGUCAUGCGGCGGAACCUCACGCACAAACUCGUCUAUCGACCCAGGGGCGUCUCUGAGCUUUACGAUUUCACGCAUGACCCGCUGGAGCUGAGAAACCUGUGGGGAGAUCCGAGCUACGGCUCAGUCAAAACCGAGAUGCUGUCUGGAUUGAUGGAAUGGCUGGUUGAAACAGGUGACGUAUCUCCCAUGCACACCGAUCCUCGUGGACUGCCUCGGUUCCCUGCACCUGCAAGUGCUUGCGCGACGAGCGGUGCAGUUGGUCCUGGCGAAGGUGGCGCUGAUCUGGCCGUCUUGCGGCCUAGGAAGGAUGAAGUGGAACUUGUCGUCUAG